AUGACAAAAAAGGGCCUGGUAUUCCUUGAAAAUUCACAUUUGCCCUGUGACCCAAAAGGCGCUCAUGGCAGUGUCAAGUUCCCAUCCUGCACUGUCGCGGUUCGACUUCCGCUGAGGGUGAUUAUAAGACCGAUGCGAGGUCGAAAUUGCAGUCAACUCCCCAUUGAAUGGUCAAGUCCCGCUGGGGGUGUUGAUAAGACCGAUGCUAGGUCGAAACUGCAGUCCACUUCAGUCCACUGUCGCUGUUCGAAUCUUUCUGAGGGUGUUGAUAAGACCAAUUCGAGGUCGAAACUGCAGUCCACUGUCGCGGUUCGAAUCCCGCUGAGGGUGUUAACUGCAGUCCACCUCGGCCGUCGCGGUUCGAAUCCCGCUGAGGGUGUUGAUAAGACCAAUGCGAGGUCGAAACUGCAGACCACUGGUGCCUAG